UAGCUGAGUAUUUAUAUGGAGACUUAUAUGACAUUAAAUGUCAAAUAAAAACUAGCAUGUUAUCACUUGGUACCAUGUAUGCAGCUUGUUUGGUGUUCAAAUAUCGUGGAAAAUCAAGGAUAUACCAAGUACAAUCUGAGAUUAUGACAAUUAAAUGGAAGAUGGAUGAGUUGAGUGUACACUCUACGCAUUGUGCAGAGAAAAUAUCUGACAACUGGUAUAAGAUAGAAAUGUGGAACUUCAUUAAUCAUGGGCCGAAUGCUGAUUUUGAUAUUGUGCUGGAGAAACUUUCAUAUCUUCGCGAUCCAAUGAAAACUGAUCUCUUGAUUCAAGGAAUUGAAUUUCAACCCAUAGAGAUGGAUGAAGAUACUGAAGAAUUUAGAAGUCUUCCUAUGACAUAUGAAGAGGAUAUAGAUACAGAUAUAGACGCUAAUGAUAUUUACUGGGAGAAAAAGUUGCCAGAUGACCAUCAACAUUUUAUUCAAAUGUCUGACAAGCCUUUGGACUACACCACAAAAAAGGAACUCUACCUCCGUUUUUGUGAAGGUUUCCUAUGCGCUAAUGGCCGAUUGUUAUUAUCGUUCUGCAAAUCAACACGGGGAAUAUGUGCUAUGCUACAACCCACAGAAGCCUCCGGUGAUCUCCUUGAAUCCGAUUUGAGACAUGUUCAGGUGGAGGAACCUUUAAAAGUUCGCUACUGCAGUAUCGUGAACUUUAGUCUUCAUCCGCACAUUUUUUCAUCUCAGCACAUCUAUGAAUGCCAUCUUGUGUUCAAAUUUGAAGAAACUCCAACUCAAAUAGAGGAUACUGUUAUGUUUGAUGCAGAGUGCAUGCUGGAUGGUUUUUCUCAAGGUAGAAUAUAUGCAUAUAUGAGUUUCUCUUCAAUGAAUAUACCGAUCAUCAAACCAAAGAAUGAUUAUGGAUGGCACGAGUCAUCAAAUAUACCAGCAAAUCGAGGACACAGGAUGCUAAAAGCUCACAGCAAGCAGCUUGUAUAUAGUAGAGUUGGGGAAAGGAAGGAUGGUUGGAUGGAGGUCAUGUUGUAUAAAUCACGAUGCCACUUGCAGGAUCAUAUGUUACUACAGGUAAAAGUACGAAGUAUCAACACCCAGACAUUUUUUGUAAAGGGCAUUGAGUUUAGACCAUGUAAUCUUUGAAAGAUCACUAGAGUACAUUUCUCAUCUAUGUAGUAGCGGUGCAGGAAUUAUGUAUAUUAUGCCUAGUGAACACAAUAUGUACCCUUAUUCGUCUAUGUUAUUAUAGUUUAUUAAGGUAAAGUCUGCCUUGGAUGCCCCGUACAUGAUGACAA